AUGGCCAGCUUGCUCAAGACCAACGCAACCUUUGGCAUUGAACCAGACCUCGACCAGCAGCCGUUGAUUUUUGGGGGAGGUAAAAUCGACGACCAGCUACCUGUCACAGUAUCUGUCGAUGAUGAGGCUCAGUGCUGCACGAUCACCAAUACUUCACUCGUCAAGCUCUAUGGCAACAACCCUCUUCCUCUUCAUGACGAUGGCCAUGUAUGCAGACAUAGAAACCAUGUUUGCCGAGUUCGACUUGACGUUAGCGGAAGAUGCCCAGGGCUGACGUGGGUCAACUUCUGUGUGCUUGAAGCAACUGAGCAGAUUGUGGUGAUGACUGGUCGAGAGCCAUGUUGGGCAGAGAUCCCAGAAGCAAGCUGUUGUGUCUUUGUUGAGACGAAACGCAAGCCUAAAGACGCCGCGGAGCUCAAGCAACGCAAGGAGGAAGAGAGGAAACGAUUGGAGAAUCAGAUAUUGGCCGAAAGAGCAGCAAGGCGUAGGGCAGCUUCUGAAGCAGCAAGGGCACAGAAUUCAGCUCCAGGCCAGGGUAGCACGGCCCAGCGGGUUGUGAACCAAGGGGGUGCUUAG